GCAAAAGUUACAUCCUCUAUAGUGGUGGCUACUCAGACUACUCAUACCAUGAAGCAUUACUAUCGUUAACGCAAAAUGGACAUUUAAAAUAUUUAACUGUGUGCUGAUAACAGUUUUCAUUGUUAACUUUUGCAGUUGGUUUUUGCCAUUUGCUACGUGCGGCCGAAACAUUUUAAUGUUGUCAAACGUGUGCGGGAGUAUUACUGUAAAUAAUUGAAUAAAAAACAGAACACAAAUACCAAGAUAACAAUACUAUUUAAUACUACUUUUUAUUUACGAAUUGUAUAAAUCGCGUUAUUUUUUGUCCGAAACAAUGUUAACAGAAUACGCCGGCAACUUGGCACACCAUCUGGAAUUUGGCCAUGCCUUGGAAAUUGUGGCGAAAACCAUAGACGGCGCUUCACGAUUCCACAUCAACCUGGCUACUGCCAAAACAGUAAUAGAUCCAAAUGCAGACAUUGGUUUACGUUUCUCCUGCUUCUUUCGCAAAGAUGUAAUUGUGCGCAAUGCUCGAAUCAAUGGAGUGUGGGGUGAAGAAGAGAUACAUGAUAUUGAAGGUCACUCGCUACAAAAUCCUAUCGAGUCGGGAGAAUUUUUUGUCAUUUACAUACUUGCAUGUGAAGAAAAAUUUCACAUAUCGAUCAACAAUCGCCCAUUCUGCACAUUUAGAUAUCGCUUGCCAGUAAAAUCAUUGCGCACCAUAGAGGUAUGCGAGCAAAUACAAGUGAUCAAGCAAAUUGAUCAUCGAGCCGUAUUUCCAUAUCCUUGGCCGGCUAUACAGGCAUCCGAUUUUGGCAAGGCAUUUAGCAAUGAUUCACCAAUAAUGUUUAGUCCGGGACAUCUAAUUGUAAUAACAGCGCGUUGUUUUGACAAUAAGAAAGGACAAUUUAUAAUCAAAUUUUUGGAAAGUGAUACGAAAAGAGAGGAGUUGCAUUUCAGUGUUCGCUUUGAUCAGAAAGCAGUUGUGCGUAAUUCGAUGAAUAAGGCAUUCGAAUUUGGGCAAGAGGAACGUCAUGGUGGAUUUCCGUUCGUUUUUAAUCAGCAAUUUAAGCUUGCCAUCGCUUUCACAAAACUCGAAUUUCUUACCGCUGUGGAUGGAUACAACUUCUGUAGUUAUGCCUAUCGUACACCGGAUGUAUUUACAAAUCUGGUGGGAUUUAAAGUGACCUGCAUAAAUGGCUUGCAUAUGCAUGUGACCGGCGUGGAUCAUUUGCAAAUGGGAGACCCUUCUUGCAAGGGAUUCGAAAAGUAUUCCAAGCAUGAUUACGAAUGUGCUUAGCAUAAUAAUUGCCUCAUACAGUUUGUUCUUGUCUUAGCC